GGCCCAAUCAGCAUAAAGUUUCUCCCACAUUCGGUGACGCAGCGGAAGUACAGCUAAAAACAAAGCUGUGUUUUUCUUCUGUUUGCUUGCUACUCGCUCCUGAAAGGUUUCACAAUGUCUAAGCAGCCGAUGGGGAAGACGUUGUUGCGGAAUGUAAUCCGACACACAGAUGCCCACAACAAGAUCCAAGAAGAAAUGGAGAUGUGGAAAAUGCGAGACUGGGAGAUCAAUACAUCCCAACACAAACCUUUUCCGGAUAUGGCCAGUAUGAGAGGAAGCAUGCACUGCGAUCGCGUGCCGGAUCUCUCUAGAAACAGGAGUGGAAGCAAGGAGCGAGUCUCGGAGCACGACAACAGAGAAGCUCAAAACUGGACCCGCAAACUCUAUGAAUUUGAGGCCAAGGAUCCUGACAGAUGGGGACACAGUGGCUUCAAGGAGCUUUAUCCUGAGGAGUUUGAAAGUGACAAUGAAAAAAGAGGUGCCAUCAGGAAGACUGGGCGCCACAAAAUGAAAAAGUCCAAGUCUGACACUGAGGCGUAUUUGUCCAAACGCUCCAAAAAAUCAUCUCGAAAGAAGAAAAAGAAGAAGAAAAGUGGCGAUGGAAAGAGGAAGAAGGAUGAGCCCUCGAACAGCGACUGCAGCUCCGAUGACAGAAGUGAUGUGAGACGCAAACAAAGGAAGAAGAAAAGUACUAGGGGCCGACACAAAAACAAGAAAGUGGUGAAAACCAGAGGGGGUGACGAGGACAGCAGCAGCUCAGGGGACAGCGGUGAUGAGAAAAACAGUGAAAGACGGACUAACAGUCGUAAAAAGCGAAAGCACGACUCUGUCAAGGAUUGGGACUCGGAGCUGGACUCUAAAAAGAAGAAGAGAAAAAAUUGGAAGGCAGCGGGCGAGGAGAGCUCAGAUGACAGUUCUACAGACUGAGACACACAGAUGGGAGCAGACGCACAGCUAACGACCAGGAAAACUAUUGUGGAUUAUGUUGUUCGCCUGGACUCUGCUGAGGGCGCCUCCUGACUGCAGGGCUGUUUUUGUGUUGUAUUUUGUUCAUCAUCAGCCAACUCGUGUGUUUGCUCCUCUGCGUGAGUGCUCUGAGGAGCAGUAGCUCAUCAGCCCUGCGGUACAGUCAGCAGGCAGCCCGAAGAAGGAUGGUAACCACCUCCUGUCUCAUCAGGAACGCUGCAAGCUGCAGCCUCAGUGAUUGAUUGUUGCCUCUCAGACUUCUGUCCUGAAUUUCCCAGAUUUUUUUAUUUAAAGAGAUAAAAAGUGAAGUUAUGCCACUUUCAUCGGGUAUGAUAGACUGUGCAUUGACUUUUAAUGUGGUUGUAUGUAUUUUCAACAUUUGUAUUUAGAAUAUUGAAUCUUAACAAAAAUAAAACCCUAUUUUGACAUUU